UGGUCGAGGAGACCGGGCUGGGGCGGGCUCGCCGGCGUCCGGAUCCCGCUCCCGCGGCACAGAUGACGCCUCCCAGGGCCCCCCUUCAUUAGCGUCGGGCGGUGUGCAGAGCGCGGGCGCCGGGGACCAUGCCCCUCCUGGCCCAGGGCCUCCCGGACGACGAGGAGCAGUACUGCUUGGUGGCCAGCCUCGACAACGUCCGGAACCUCUCCACCAUCCUCAAGGCCAUCCACUUCCGAGAGUACGCCACGUGUGUGGCCACGGACAACGGGAUCCGCGUGACGGUGGAGAACGCCAAGUGCGUCCAGGCGAACGCCUUCAUUCAGGCUGACAUAUUUCGAGAGUUUAUGAUAAAGGAAGAAUCUGUUACUUUCCGAAUUAAUUUUACUGUGCUUUUAGAUUGUUUAUCUAUUUUUGGAUCAAGUUCUAUGCCUGCAGGGACUUAUACUGCACUUCGGAUGUGUUAUCAAGGUUAUGGUCAUCCUUUGAUACUAUUUCUGGAAGAAGGAGGAGUAGUGACAGUCUGCAAAAUCAAUACUCAGGAGCCUGAAGAGACUCUAGAUUUUGAUUUCAGCAGCACCAACGUUAUUAACAAAGUUAUUCUGCAGUCAGAGGGGCUCCGUGAAGCAUUUUCUGAAUUGGACAUGACAAGUGAUGUUUUCCAGAUUACCAUGUCUCCUGACAAGCCAUAUUUCAGGUUAUCUACUUUUGGAAAUGGAGGAAGCUCCCACCUUGACUAUCCCAAGGAUUCGGAUUUAAUGGAAGCAUUUCAUUGUAGUCAGACCCAGGUCAACAGAUACAAGAUUUCUUUACUGAAACCCUCUACGAAGGCUUUAGUCUUAUCUUGUAAAGUAUCUAUUCGGACAGAUAACCGAGGAUUCCUCUCAUUACAGUAUAUGAUUAGAAAUGAAGAUGGGCAAAUAUGUUUUGUAGAAUAUUACUGCUGCCCUGAUGAGGUUUCUGAAUCUGAGUCUUGAGUGUACAUUCAUGAUUGGUUAGGUCCUUGUUCUGCUAGCUGUACUCUUCAUGACUUGUUAGUCUACUGAGAAUAAGCUCCCUAUAGAUUAAUAAUUGCUAUAUUGAGUCUACAGUUUGAAAGUUCAAUCAAGCCAUAUGUAAAAUGUUUACUAUUAAAAAAGCAAAGCAUA